AUGAGAGCAAUCGUGCUGGGUGGCCCUCCAACUGUCCCAAUUCUUGGUAACCUGCCUAUUUUCCCCCGCGAGUUUCCGCACUUUCGGUUCUCGGGAUUGGCGAAAGAAUACGGAGAUGUGUUCUCCUUGAAGAUCAUGAACCAAACCAUGAUUAUACUAAACUCGCCCACCGCCGUCGAAGAGAUUAUCGAGAAGAGAAGUCUGUCGAGUGCGAGCCGCCCCGCGUCCAUCAUAGCUGAUAUGCUCACUCCUGAUAACAUGAACUUCGGGACAUGUCAUUGCGCCGACGAACAGUGGAAACACAUGCGUAAGGCUGCUACACGGCUUUUGAACAAUGAGAACAUGAAUAAAUUCAGACCAUUGCAACAUGCCGAAGCCACUCAACUCAUGUGGGACUUUGCUCACGACCCCGAAGUACUGUGGCGAAAAUAA